AUGUUCUACUCAAAUCAUGAUGAUCCAUGCACAGAUCGUCAUCAUCGAUAUCAGCGAUGUAUACCCGAUUUUGUCAAUGCAGCUUUUCAUAAAUCAAUCUAUGCAUCAUCGACAUGUGGCAAUCCUGCGAAAGAAUUUUGUUCAAACAACAAUCAAUGUCAUCUAUGUGAUGCAUCACAAGCAAGAACAAGUUAUCCAACAGAUCAUUUAACCGAUAUCAAUAACCCGAACAAUUUAACAUGCUGGCAGUCGGAUCGUGUUCAAACAGGAGAAAAUAUUUCACUGAUCUUAUCGUUGAAUAAAAAAUUUGAAAUUACUUAUAUUAGUUUACAAUUCUGCUCGAAUAAUAAACCAGAUUCGAUGGCUAUUUUUAAGAGUAUGGAUAUGGGAGUCUCAUGGAUACCAUUACAAUAUUAUUCGAAUAAUUGUGAAGGAAUAUUUAAUAAAAGCUCUUAUGGAAUAAUUACGCGUGCAAAUGAACAAGAAGCAUUGUGUAUUGAUACGAAAUCACAACUAUCAUCAGCGUCAACAGGCGGUGAAUCACGUAUUGCAUUUAGCACACUUGAAGGUCGUCCAUCGGCUUAUGAAUUCGAUACAAGUCCCGUUUUGCAAGAUUGGGUUACAGCCACCGAUAUUAAAAUUGUCUUAUUUUCAACGAAUAUCAACCGGAAUUUCUUCUCCGCUGCCGAUCUCGCUGUUGGAGGACGAUGUAAAUGCAAUGGACAUGCAUCGAAAUGUAUCACAAAUAGUGAUAAUCGUUUAGUAUGUGAUUGUAAACAUAACACAGCAGGUGAUGAAUGCGAACGUUGCAAAGAUUUUUACUACGAUCGACCAUGGGCUCGUGCUACACCUCGAGAUGCAAACGAAUGUAUUGAAUGUAAUUGUAAUAAUCAUUCGAGACAAUGUCGUUUCAAUAAAGAACUCUAUCUCCUAUCGGGACGCAAAUCGGGUGGCAUUUGCAUUCAAUGCAAACAUAAUACAGUUGGCCGACAUUGUAGUUACUGCAAAGAAACAUUUUAUCGUGAUCCAAAUUUACCGAUUACACAUCCCGAAAUAUGUAAAGACUGCAAUUGCCAUCCAGUAGGAUCACGUAGCAAAGUGUGUAAUCAAACAACGGGACAAUGUCCCUGCAAAGAUGGUGUAAUUGGUUUAAGAUGCGAUCGAUGUAUGAAAGGUUACCAACAGUCCAAGUCACCACUUGCUCCAUGUAUAAAACCAGUCGAGCAUCAUCCAUACCCAUUGUAUGGUACUUAUCGUCGAUAUCCAGAAACAGAUGAAUAUCACGAACAAGAUGCUGAUGAUAAUAGUUAUGAUAAUGCACCAGCACCACAAACCACGGCAACGACGACGCCAAUAGCUGUUACGACUACGUCAACCCUUCGUCCAAGUUUCAUGGAAUACAAUCCGUCGAUAGACAUGGGUCAAUAUUGCGGUGCUUGCCGUUACUACAGUCGCCGAUUGCAUGUAAAGAAAUUCUGUAAACGAGACUAUACUAUUCAUGCUCGUGUGACCAAUCGACAUGAUGCUGGCCAAUGGGUAUCCUAUCUCUUGACAAUCAUUCGUGUUUACAAAGAUCGUCUCAAUCGUAUACAAGAUAGCGAACAAUGGGUGUGGGUAUCACGCAAAGAUGUUCAAUGUUCAUGUCCACGUUUGAAGCUCGAUCGACAGUAUCUCCUGAUGGGUUUCUAUGAUCAGAUGCAAACAUCUCUUAGUCUUGAUCGUACAUCGGUAGCUAUUGAAUGGAGACCACGAAUGGAGCAACGUAUGGCACGUUUCAGAAAUUUUGAAUCAAAACAAAAGUGUUAA